CAAUAGGGGUGCGGACGUAGAUCCUUUCUACUCUGAACACCUUCAGUCCAGGUGGUUGAUUUUCCUCGCGAAUCACAGCUGCAAACGGGAUCAUAUAAUUGUCUCGGGCUCUGGGAACGUGCGAAGCUUUCCUUCAGUGCAUCUAAUCCAUUCGACGAUUUCCUGGACGCAUCCGCGUCUACUGUCUUGACAAAAAGUCAUGGAGUCAAAGCGAGUAGAGCAAAGGGUCGACGAAGAGCGCCAUAGCGUCCACGCGGGGGGCACAAAUGAUUCGCGGAGUUCUGAGGGGAGGGUUCAACAGGGUCAUGGAAGAAACAGUAAGAUGCUGUUACCAUUCAUGUCCAAGUUUGAGUGCUUCGAGCUCUACGAUUGUCCCGUUCAGGGCCUGCUUCUACUGGCAGGGACGGAUCUCAAGAAGCAUGGCUACAGAAUCCUCCGCCUGGACAAACGGGUGCCUGUCAACGCCCAUACCCCACUGAGUCAGGUGGUCUCGGAGUUGUCGUCGAUCCGCUCCUGGAUGCUUUCGCUCGACUUGUUCUCGUAA